AUGGUGGGCAUCGCUGCGCCCGCCGCAGGUGGAUCCUCAGCUGGGACUCUGCACCUGUCACGGCGCCGCGCGGGCGGGAGACCUGGCUGCGCGGCGCCGAGUGCUCAGCGGCCGCGCGGGCCCCGCUGCCCACCCAGGGCAGCGCCGCCGCCGGACGGCCCCCGCACGCCGGAACUGGAGGAAGAGACUACGAAGGUGGUGGCGUCUGCGGCGCUAGCGAGCUCUCCCGGCAGCCGCCGAGGGGGCGGCUCGGCGAGGGGAGGAGCUCGGGUGCCGACGCCGGGGGAGGGGUCGCCGAGGCUCGCGCUCACUCGCUCCCGCGGCAGCCCGGCAGGGAAGUCGGGAGAGGGGCGGGGAGAGAGCCGGGAGAACCUCCUCCGCCCCGCCCCGCCCCGCCCCGCCCCGGGCCGCACCAUUCCUGCGGGGGAAGGGUGGUCAGCUCCCAGCCUCCUCUUCACCCCCCGGGCGCCCUCGCUCCGUCUCGCAGCUUCGGCUCGUCCCGUCCUUGCUCCACACGGUUCUGACUCUGCCGAAGUCUUGACCAGAGAGGAAGGUCCAGGACUUCCUGUAUAAAGCAGGUAUCCUCUGGCUUCAUGAACAUGAGUCUGGAACAAAUUAAAAGGGUAAGUACAACCAUGGAGACAGUAAAACAAAACAAAACAUCAGCUUUAAAAGUUAGUGAACAGAAACCAGAGAAAAUGCUGUGCUUUUAUGAUUAACAUUUUAGGUAUAGUUUUAUAUAAAGCCAGAGCCAGUUUUUAUUCAAAAUCAGUGCACAGCAGCAUGACGGUUUUUGAUUUAUGAGCAAUCACCUUUGUAAUUCCUAACGAGCCCUCAAGUGAAGUUCAAUUCUGCUUAACUGAAGGGAGUUUCAGAGAUUACCUGUAUUUUCUAGAGAAAUCUAUUUUAUAUGGUUCUGUGCGUGUGUGUGUCCCAUUACCAACCCAUCAGGAAAGUUGACAACAUAUGCGAUUCAUAUAGGAAAUGACCACUGUCUUUCAUACAGAGACAAUCAUUGCAUGGUACAGUCUAGCUUACUGUGUGUCCUUUUCCCAGAUCAUUCUAUCACUAUCCACAAUGGUGAUAGUAUGCCAAUCAACUCAUUUCUGAAAAACCACUCAUUUCUGAUGGCUAGAAACCACACACAUUUGUAUUGGGGCAGAAACCUGACUGAAGUAGAAUAUUGCACUAAUCUGCAUCUGCUUGAUUUCAAUUUUUUUUUUUAACGUUUAUUCAUUUUUGAGACAGAGAGAGACAGAGCAUGAACGGGGGAGGGUCAGAGAGAGGGAGACACAGAAUCUGAAACAGGCUCCAGGCUCUGAGCUGUCAGCACAGAGCCCGACGCGGGGCUCGAACUCACGGACCGCGAGAUCAUGACCUGAGCCGAAGUCGGACGCUUAACCGACUGAGCCACCCAGGCGCCCCUGCAUCUGCUUGAUUUCAAAGCCCUCCCAGAUAUUCUCACCUUCCAUUGUUGUGUGAAGUACAACGUGCCAGCCUCUGGCAGGGAACUCUGAUUCUGGCAACAUGACCUUGUCACAGAACCUGUAGUACAAUUCAGAUGUCAGCAAGAUCAUUUUAAAACUUUCAGGUUCUAUGACCACGCUACUGGUGGAUUUAGGAGGGAGAGGGUUAUUCAAGGACAGCUUCUCUAAGGACCAGGUUUUAUCAUCCUCCACAAGAUAUGCAUCGAAUGCAUAAAAUGUGUGAGGCACCAAGCCAGAGUACUAGGUGACAAAGACACAUAAUGCACAUGUGAAAGCUAACCAGCAAUAUGACAAAAUGGCUGACACUUAAAGUCCAAUAGACUAUAGACAUCGAGAGAAGGAGAGAGUCCAAGAGCUGAGGUGAUCAACAUGAUUGAACUAGGUCUUAGAGUCAGAGUUAAGGAUGUAGAAGUGGAAAGGAGACAUCAUUUCAGGUAGGGAUGCUUGACAUACAGUAAAUACUCAAUAAUGAUUGUUCAGUGAAUGUUUAAGGUAACUGGAAUGAUAGAAAAGCAUAUAUCCUUGGG